CAACAAUGGAACAUCAAUUAAAGAUAAUCUUCCUAUUUUUCGCUUCCAUCCUUACUUUUGGUGAAGCAUCUCACUCAAGAUUACCUCGAAUGAUCAACGCUGAUUUUGCCAAAAGAGGUCAAUUUCCAUCUGCAGUCUUAUUUCAAGGCAAAACUUGGUGGAAACAAAAUACUUGUGGAGCUGUCGUUAUUGACAAAAAUUACGUUCUAACUGCCGCUCAUUGUGUCACAAGCUUAAAACCCAAGGACAUUACUUUAUACUUUGACAUUUUAAAUCGAUCUGAGAUGAAAAAAGCCACAAAACGAAGUGUCACUAACAUAAAAGUCCACGAAAAAUACGAUCCAAAAUACAAAUCAAUACAGGGAAACGACUUGGCACUGCUCAAACUAAACAAACCCUUAAGCUUUCAUAACAAGAAAAUUCAACCAGCAGUUUUAGCUGAUCCAAAAGUCGAUUACACCGAUAAAUGGUCAGAACUUGCUGGAUGGGGUCAUACCGAGUAUAAAACUCUAAGUGAAGAACUUCGUUUCUUUCGUUCACAAAUUUUGGAUGAUCAGGAUUGUAAAGAUAUUUUGAUCGAUUCGACGCAUGAUUUGACUCCUGACAAGAUUUUAUGUCUUUGGGUCGAUGAAAAUGCAUUUCCAACUCCUUCGGCGUAUAAAGGAGAUUCUGGAGGACCAGUUUAUCUCAAUGGAACUAAUACGCUAGUUGGAAUUAUAAGUUUUGUUUAUCGACAUGACACGAAACCCACUUUUAAUGUCCGUAUCGCGAAUUAUAUUGACUGGAUUAAGAAAAAUAUGAAAUAACGAAAGGACCCGUAAACUCGUUCUACCCGUCAAAAGUUCUUAGAAACAGGAAUUAACGCUUGAAAGUAUGCAAUCAACUUAAUUUUCAACCAAAAUAAAUGAUUUGGAGAUCA